CCUUUCAACCUUUGUUUUCUCGUCUCCACUCUCUACUGUCAGUCUGUCUCUCUUCUUAGUAUCAUCUGCCGGCGCCGAUUCCGACACCACUGCACCCAAAAUUCCUGAAUCCGCCCUUGUAAGAGAGAGAGAGAGAGAGAGGGAAGGAGAAUGGAAUUGAAAGGAAAGCCUGUUGAGUAUGGAUAUUACAUGCCAGCCGAGUGGGAACCACAUUCUCAAUGCUGGAUGGGUUGGCCUGAACGGCCAGAUAACUGGCGAGAUGGUGGAUUCCAUGCUCAACGUGCAUAUGCCAAUGUGGCAUCUGCAAUUUCAAAAUUUGAACCUGUGACUGUUUGUGCUAGUGCUGCACAGUGGGUCGAUGCACGUAGUCUCUUACCAGACCAUAUCCGAGUUGUUGAGAUGAGUAUGAAUGAUUCUUGGUUUCGCGACACUGGUCCCACUUUUGUUGUGAGAAAGACUAUAUCAAGUCCUGAGAAACUGGAGCACAAGGUUGCAGGAAUUGACUGGAACUUCAAUAGCUAUGGUGGCAUAGUUGAAGGUUGUUAUACGGAUUGGAGUCUUGAUCUUCUUAUCGCUAGAAAGGUUCUGGCAAUCGAAAAGCUGCCUAGGUUUCCCCAGUCUUUGAUUCUUGAAGGUGGAAGCAUUCAUGUGGAUGGAGAAGGAACUUGCCUUACAACUGAGGAGUGCCUCUUAAACAAGAACAGGAAUCCUCAUUUAACCAAAGAACAAAUUGAAGAUGAGCUGAAAGCAUAUCUUGGGGUCAAGAAGUUUAUAUGGCUGCCUCGUGGAUUAUUUGGCGAUGAUGACACUAAUGGCCAUAUUGACAACAUGUGUUGUUUUGCAAGGCCUGGUGUGGUUUUGUUGUCUUGGACUGAUGAUGAGUCAGACCCACAGUAUGAGCGUUCUAUCGAAGCACUUUCGGUUCUCUCCAUUGCCACAGAUGCCAAUGGUAGAAAACUAGAGAUUAUCAAACUUCAUGUGCCCAGUCCACUUUAUAUGAGAGAUGAGGAGGCUGCUGGAUUGAAACAGGAGGGUGAGGCUAAACCGAGGCUCCCUGGUACAAGGAUUGCUGCUUCAUAUAUAAACUUCUAUUUUGCCAAUGGAGCAAUUAUUGCUCCUCAAUUUGGGGACCAAAAGUGGGACGACGAAGCUAUUCGCACGUUGUCUUUGGCUUUUCCAGAUCGUGAGAUUGUAAGAGUUGAAGGUGCACGCGAGAUUGCUUUGGGAGGCGGAAAUAUCCACUGUAUCACACAACAGCAGCCUGCGGCCUGAGCCGAGAGCUUGAAUAAAGAAAAGGUAGCGGGACAUCAAAGUACAUGUUUGAUCCACAGUACUGAGUCUCGUAAUAAAUAAGAUUUUAACUUAUUUUUCUUUCUCAGUACCGUGCAAUUGUUUGUAGCUUGCAAGUGAUUAAGGAAGCUUGAGAAUAACCCAGAUCCUGGAAUCUGAGUUGUUAGUUGUCCCAUAUAAUCUAUAUUCUAAUUGUUGAGUUUGAGUUUAAGAAAAUUAUGCCUCCUUUUUUCCGUA